UUAGCAUAAAGCAUAAAGCUGUUUAUUUAUAAUAUUCACUUGACUUUACUGAGAUACCAGGAUUUGUCAAAAAGACGGUUUAUAAUUCUUUAGAAAGUUAUUGAGUUCGGUUAGGACUGGCUUUUCUAUAAAAACUAUUCAUAAGACGACUUUUCACAAUUCAGUCGUCAAUAGUAAUUAAUUGCUUUGAGUAAAUACAAGCAAUUGAGAUCAAACGUACUCUUAGAUAAAUGUACCGUAUAAAUAGUUUUAUGUUAAAAAAUAAUUGUCCUUUGUUAAAAAGGGUUUUCGCAUGUUGAUGUUUCUCAAAAAAGGCAGAAAAAGAGAAUUGAAAAAAAUACUAAAUUCCUAUACAGACAGUUAAAAUCUGAAACCUUAAACAAUUAUUUAAAAUAUGGAUGUCAUUAAAAAAUAUGAAAUAAUGCUAAUCACAGUGAUAGUGAUUCGCAUGACUAUCAAGGAUAGUCGUAACGAUCCAGCUUGGUUUAAUUUAUUUAACGCCAAUUUUUAAACUGGUUUACUAACGACCUAUUGUGGAUACCAAGCCUAACCUUAUCGUCACUACUAAGACUUACUCUUGUAGAAUUGUAAAGGAAUCAUGCCAUGACUCCGCCUAUGCUACAAGCGGUGUUCGCAGUCCAGAUUGCUUCUCUUUUACAGAGUGCUAUUUGUAUCUCUCGAUAUUCUCGCCAGAAUCAUUCGUACCAUGCCAUUCCUCCAACAUCAUUUGGAAUAUACCACAGCCUGUGGGAUAUAUUCAACGUUCUAAAGGAAAUUCCAGAAGUUAUGAAUCUUCCACCAGUUUAUGAUCUAUAUGAGAGAAUGAUACAGAACAAGAUCGUCCAACUGCCGAAAGGGGAUAGAAAACCUUUCAUUGUUAUCGAAGGAGUCAAAGGUUCAGGAAAGUCAGCUUUGACGGUGACGUUUGCCCAAAAUAUGAACGCCACCUAUCUGCGAGCACCCCCUGAGUAUUUAACACCUUUCAAGAUGUGGAUGAAGACUAGAAACAAACUUGAAAGGAACGCUUUCCACGCCCUUUCCAACUACCUUUUGGCGGAACAGGCAAAGCAGAUGCUAGAGUCAAAACUGGUCGUUAUGGAUCUAUACUGGCACGGGCUGACAGCGUACGAGUUAGGGAGGCUCUCUGGGCGGGCCAACGUGCUCCCUGUGCCCUCCUCUCCUAUCUACAAGUGGCCAGAAGAUCUACUAGUGCCUGACAUCGCCUUCUACCUCAUGGUUACCGAGGAGAGUCGCUACUACCGCGAGAAACACACCAACGCUCCAGCCAUCAGUAGGCGCCUCAGAGACGCCAUGUACAAAGCGUUCGGCAGAUUCCACCGGCCAAGAAUGGUGCACGUCAACGGCGACAGGUCCCGCAGAGAAGUUGAGGCGGAGAUCAGAAAUAUUACAUGUAGAGUAUUACAGGGACUAUUAGACAAUUAGUUAAUAUCCCUUUUAUCUCUUAGUUGCUCGCAAGUUAGUUGAUACUUUUCAAAGUU